AUGACAGUAGAAGAGUAUGUAUAUCAGCCUGAUCUCUUUAAGAUGCGUGCUGGAGUACAAAAAGAUGAAAAAUCAAGCAUGACCAGAAUAAUUGAUGGUUUAAGACCUGAAAUUAGAGACAAGGUUGAGAUGUACACUUUUGUUGAUAAGGAAGAGUUGCAUUCUGGAAUUAAGGAGUUACAGCAAGAAGUACCCAAAGUAGUCCCAACUCCUUCUGGUCAACAAAAUGAGGAACUUCCAGAAAUUCAGAAGCAAUUAAGGAAGGGUAAGAGUGAGGUAAAGAUUUCAGAGCUUCCUUUUCCCAAAUCAUUUCUUCUUAGUAGGAAAUUGUCUAAUGAACAAGUUGAGAAAGAUGCUUUGAAUCUAUUUAGCAAGCUGGAAGUUAAUGUACCCUUAUUGGAUUUCCUAAAAAGUAUGCCUAAGUAUGUGAGAUUUUUGAAGGAGCCGUGUACUAACAAGAGGAAAUGCAAACCUAAUGAAUUGGUUCAAAUAGGCUUAAGUGUUUCAACACUUUUUAAGCCACAUUUACCAGUGAAGUGUUUUGAUCUAGGAUCAUUUACAAUUCCAUGCACUAUUGGUAAAUUGAAUAUAGCUAGUGCCCUCCUAGAUUUAGGUGCUGCUAUAAAUGUUAUACCAUUGUCUAUCUAUACAUCUUUGGGCAUUAAUUCAAUAAAAGACACUAGUAUGAUCAUUCAGUUGGCCGAUAGAAGCAUUAGAAGACCUCAUGGGCUAUUGGAAGAUAUUCUGGUCAAGGUUAAAUACUUGAUUUUUCCAGCUGAUUUCUAUGUCUUGGAUAUGUCCCAUGAAUAA